CUGGGUACAGGUAACCAACGGUGUUUUUUCUUUUUGCUAUCGUUACGUGCUUCAGCUUUUAUUUUACGUUUGUUUGUUUACUUUGGUUAUUUUCUUUUUUACUUUAUUGCAGCUGUUUUCUUUGGUACUUCACCAUGUGACUGUGUAGUAUUAGGAAAGUACAGUCGGCUAAUGCAGUAUCAACAAUUAAUACUAUAUUGGCUUACUAGUAGCAGCUUACGCCCAGUUAAACUGUCAAGAAAUUUGGUCACCUGAAAAUACAUCGACUUGGGAAUAUGCAUCUUAUUUCUGAUAGUUGACUCUUUAUUCUCAUUUUAUUUUUUUCUUCAUUUACAUCAUAUGUUCAGUAUGUUUUGUUCAAAAUUCCACUAAAUCUAAUGGCUGAAGCUUGCUGAUUAAAUAUUACCCUUUUUAUAAAGUGUGUCGUCUAUGUUCUUUAAUGUAUGAAGAAUUCUGCAGUAUUCUACGCGACAGUUGAGAAACGUUGGGGGAGUUAGUAUUUUUGUUAUUUGACCCCAGGUGAGUUAUGGUCGAGAGGAUCUAUAAUCAGACGUAUUCUAACCAGGACAACCUCGUCUUUUUGUCUAUGUAGGAACACGUUGUUAAAUGAGUUUUGUAUUUAACAUAAGAUGUGAUUUGAGGAAAUUUAGCUGCUGUUUCGAGCAGUUUGAGCGACUUCGUUAGCGGCUCAUCUGGUGGCGUCAGAAUGAAAGCGCUGUAAGGUAACCUCGUGUAGUUGGAAGAAAGUGGAUCGAUAAGGCAUCGGAAUAAUCCUGUCAGUCAGAAGCGGUUUAAUUCUCUUUCUCUCUGCCGUUGUUGUAUAUUCCUGCUACUGUUCAUGGUUAGUUUUUCUUUUUGCCCUCGUUCCGUUCGCCAUUCAUAACUGCAAAAUGGCGCCCAUGGUUGAGUUAGCUAUGAAUGGGUGGGUGCUGUUGGUGGUCAUCUUUGCUACCUAUUGUCUCUAUCAACACCUACAGAAGACAUGGCGUGUGCGAGAGAAACACAGCUGCUCUUCGUUGCAAUGUAAUUGUAAAUUGUCGGUGUUACGAGCUGCUAGAAGGCAACUAACUCUUCACAUUCUGAAGCAGGGUAACAAUGGUUUGAGCCGAAUACAAAAUAGUUUGAGUACACAGUUCCAUUAUUUGGCUCCUGGUCAAGUUCAUAUAUCGAACAAAUAUGUUCGCAACCCCACAGUUUUUCGUUUAGAAAAAAUACAAUCCCGUCCUUGGUGGUAUGGAGACCAGACUGCUGCAACGGAGGAUUGUAACCAUUUGAAAUCAUUCCAAAACGACUUGAAAAUGCUAAGUCAGAACUUUGAAGAGAUUUCUGAAGAAUUCUUUCAGGUUUGGCCGGAUGAUAGGAAAGUCCCAGGACGGUGGAAAGUGAAUAAUACAGAUGAAGGUCGCUGGUGUGUAUUUCAUUUUUUGGAUCAGGGACAGUGGAUAAUAAAAAACACUGCUCUCUGCCCUCGGACAACCACUAUUCUCAAAUCGCUGCCCAACCUGAUGGCUGAUACUAUGUUUGGCCAUAUCUCUUUCUCGAUUAUGUACCCUGGUACUAAAACUUCUGAACGCUUUGGUGUUACGAACACAAAGAUCCGAUGUCACAUGGGUAUUGUUGUGCCUAAUAAUUGCAGUUUAACUGUAUGUAAAGAAACUCACAGCUGGAAGACUGGUCACUGCCUUUUGUUUGAUGACUCCUACCUACACACUGCUGCUCACUAUGGACACAAAGAGGAUGGCAUCCGAGCAGUGCUCAUGUUGGACUUUUGGCAUCCAGAUAUUACAAGUGAGGAGAGAACAGCUAUGAAAUACAUCUUUCCUUUAGUUAAUCAAUAACUUUCAGAUGACCUUUCAAACAAUCUUCCAACUAUUAUACUAGGUUCAUUUAGUUGUAGUGUCUACUCAAACCAUGGAUUUAAAAGUAUGGCACGGUCUUUUUCCAAAUAUCCUCUAUUAGAAGUAUCUUCACAAAUCUUUAGGCUUUAUCAUUCUUACAAGCAUUUGUUUUGUUUUGUUUUGUUUUCUCUGAUUUUCUUCCUUUGAAUUCUUCUCUUCAUUACACCUGACAUUAUAUGAUGUCUAUGAAUAUUAAAUAUUAUUUAAUGACUAGUUAAGUUGUAUAAAUGUCUUAAUGAUUUCAUUUAUUGAUGCAAGGCAUGUCUUUGUAAGGAUAUGACAUGUAGGAGACUAAAUUACCCUUUGUAUAUUACUGAAUCAUACUGUGGCAUUCGUAUCUUUCCUUAGUAUUAAAAGUGAUGUAAGAUGACUACAUCCAGGAAUCAAAACUCCCUGACAACCAUAAAGCAACAAAACCUACUACCAGUGCUUAGAAGAACAAAGUCAUGUUACACAGAAUAGUGUAAAGUGUAGGGAAUUACUUUAUGUCUGAAACUGUUGACCCUUUAAAUAUAUAAUGUUACUUAAUGACCUAGCUUAUUCUUUAAUCCAAGUAACCGUGUUGGAUUAAAUUACAGACUUGAUUGAGAUCUUAAUCCAGUUAACUUUUGCAUUAGAAACACAGUAGGAGUAAUUAUACAGUCUUAAUUAGUAACUUAUUUAAAAUUUUAAUCAAGAUGAUGAUAUAAGGAUAAUUAGGAAAUUAAAACUAUGGUGAUAAUUCGGGACUUAAUAAAGAUUUUAAUCCAAGUAACUAUAAUGUUUUAAUUUGUGUCUUAACUAAGUGACUUGGUCCAGAUAACUAUUAAGUACCUUGGUUGAGAUUAAAGUUCAGUUAUUUAGUAUUAAUUGAGAUUUUACUCUGAUAGCUAUAAUGUUCUAAUUAUUAUCUGAAUUAAGAUCUGAGUUCAGUUGCAUAUAUAGAUUAUUAAUUACUAAGGUAAGAUUUUAAUCUAAUUGAUUAAGUAAUAGCAAGUUGUUUGGUGUCAACAGUAAUUUGUGUAGUGUUUAUUGGUGACUUAGAUUUUGUAACUGAUCAUGUGUGCUGCCUGCUUCUGUCAAAUCACUGAAGUCAAGAGAUAACAUCUAGAUAAAAUUUUGCUUAGAGCAUUGGUGGUGAUUAAUUUGGAACUCUCUUUUUAGUACUAGUCAAAUAUGAAACAAUGGCUACAACAUAGGGUAUUGAUCUUCUGAUCACAAAGCCAUAAUUUCAAUCUUAGAACAACAAUUGUUUAGUACAACCCCAGCAAAAGACUCUUGAACCAUGAUUUUUAUUUUUAUUUUCCUGAAUGUACAAACAACAGAUUUUGUUCAGACUUGAUGCUUGAACAGUCAGCAGAAAGAAGGUCAUGUGGCUGUAAAAGACUUUUGCUCCAACAGUCGAACCAUCCCACCCAUGCUGGUAUUGGCCUUAAAAUGAAUGUAAAAGAGUUUGAUUUUUUUUAUAUAUAUAUAUAUAUAUAUAUAUA